AUGCAAAAAUUAUCCGCGUUUUAUACAUACUCUAAGGAAAUGUCUACAUCCAUUUUUAAUAUUAAAAAAAAAGAAGAAAUUAACCCUCCAAAAGCUAAACUAAGUUGGAAAGAUAAAUUAUAUUGGGAAUAUGAAAACAUAAAAACCAAAACAGGGGAAUAUUUAACCAAUAAAAAAAAUUCUUGGAAAAUUAAAUUUAAUGAUAUAAGUUCGUGCACUUAUUUCAAAUUUGACAAUACGGAACAUGCGCAUUGUCCAUGGUAUAAGAAAUUAUACUAUGCAUUAAAAAAUUAUUUUUACAAAUUGUUAAAUUUAAACGAUUUGAAUAAAAGAUGGGAAAAUGAGGGAGAUGAAAAAGAAGAUGAAAUAGACAAAAAUGAAAAAAAUAAAGAAAGCAAUGAUGCCCACAUAAUUAAGAAGAAAAUUUCUAGAGAAUUUACAAGUUAUGAAAAUGUCAAUUUUAACACAAAAAAACAAACAAAUUUUGAUGUUGUAUCAAAUAAGUAUCCCCAAAAAGGGAAAAAAAGGAAAGAAAAUGUGCACUAUAUUUCAGAAAGAAGUCAAUCUGAAUUAGUUAAGAGAAGUACAUCUAUGAGUAGUGAUUGUAAUAUUGUGCAAAUGAGAAGCAGUGGGAUGAUAUUUAAUAAUUCAAAUACAAAAGAUGAAAAACAUAAUAUGAAUAAAACAUCCGAUUUAAUAAACGAUGUAAAUGAACAUCAUUUUAGUAACAUAAAUGAAACAGAACAAAUGAAUAUCAAAAAAAGUACUUCAAAUGAGGGCACAACAAAAUUAGCUAACAUUGCAAAUCCCCCAAAAUUUAAUAUUAAAAAUACUUGGGAAAAAAUAAGUGGAUACAUUUCAUAG